GGGCGGAGCACUGAUGAGGAAGAGGAACCGAAACAAGAUAACCAGAAUAACAAUGUUAUAUUUGUAGAAAUUGGUUUUAUCUUCCUCACUUUGAGUCCCUAAGUGCCUGAGCUCAAGAGUGUUUGCAUGAAGCCUUUGGGUACGACUGGUACUUUCUAAGACUGAGGACCACCAUGGAGGAGACGAGUCGGGAGGCGGUUGCCACGGCGGUGCAGCGCGUGGCUGGGAUGCUGCAGCGCUCGGACCAGCUGGACAAAGUGGAGCAGUACAGGAGGAGAGAGGCUCGCAAGAAGGCCUCCGUGGAAGCUAGGCUGAAGGCAGCCAUCCAGUCGCAGCUGGACGGGGUUCGCACCGGACUGACCCAGCUGCACAGCGCUCUGCUGGACGUCAAAGACAUCCAGGGCUCCCUGGCUGACGUGAGCAAAGACUGGAGGCAGAGCAUCAACACCAUCGAGAACCUGAAGGACGUCAAGGAUGCCGUAGUUCAACACAGUCAGCUGGCCUCGGCUGUGGAAAACCUCAAAAACAUUUUCUCUGUCCCAGAGAUCGUGGCGGACACGCAGCAGCUGAUCGAGCAGGGCGAGCUGCUGCAGGCACACAGGAAGCUGAUGGAGCUGGAGUGCUCCCGGGACGACCUCAUGUACGAGCAGUACCGCAUGGACAGCAAGAACACCAGUGACAUGAACCUCAUCUCCAUCUACUUUGAAGAUGUUCAGGGUCUGUCCGAUGAGCUGGCCAAGCAGCUGUGGAUGGUUCUGCAGAGGUCCAUGGUGACGGUCCCCAGGUGA